AUGCUAAAAAAUUAUUCGUCAAUUGUUUUUUUUUCUUUUACAGAUAGGUUUAAAUUAGCUUUUCUAAACACUUUUCCUUCCGAUCCCAGCAUUCCUCGACUCUUUUGCUUAGGAUUCCAGUUUUUCUCAACUCCUUUGCUUAGGAUUCCAGAUCCCAUUUUUUUCUCAACUCCUUCUCUUUCGAUCCCAGCUUCCCUUAAAUCUUUUCCUUACGUUCCUAGCCUUCCUCUAUCCCCUAUUCACGAUCGUAGUUUUCCUCAAAAGUUUUUAAUUUCUAUCAACGCUAAUAAUUUCGCCCAAAAGCUUUGCUUACGCUCCCAUUUUUCUCAACUCCUUGGCUUACGAUCCCAUUUUUCUCAACUCCUUUGCUUACGCUCCCAUUUUUCUCAACUCCUUGGCUUACGGUCCCAGUUUUCUCAACUCCUUUGCUUACGAUCCCAUUUUUCUCAACUCCUUUGCUUACGCUCCCAUUUUUCUCAACUCCUUGGCUUACGGUCCCAGUUUUCUCAACUCCUUUGCUUACGAUCCCAUUUUUCUCAACUCCUUUGCUUACGCUCCCAUUUUUCUCAACUCCUUGGCUUACGGUCCCAUUUUUCUCAACUCCUUUGCUUACGCUCCCAGUUUUCUCAACUCCUUGGCUUACGCUCCCAUUUUUCUCAACUCCUUUGCUUACGCUCCCAUUAUUUCUCAGCUCCUUUGCUUACGCUCCCAUUUUUUCUCAACUCCUUUGCGUACGCUCCCAUUUUUUCUCAACUCCUUUGCUUAUGCUCCCAUUUUUUCUCAACUCUUUGGCUCGAGUUCACUUCAGCCUGUCGUCUAACAUCUCGUUAG